GGCUCUAUGCGGCCUUCGGGGCGGAUCGAGGGGUGGAGCCGCUCCCGGUAUAGAGAGCAAUUCCGUGUUAGACUAAAAGAGAGAAUGAGAGAGUCCCAUGUCUGAGAGGCAAUCUUCACUUAAAACAACUUUAAUCCGAGCGUGAGAACGUGCUGGAGUUCAUUCACUGUUGUGGUGCAUGCAUUGGAAUUAUUUUAUUCACUCACUCACUCCAGGAAAAGCCCAUUAGUCUGCAACUUGAUGAUCUCACUCGGGAUUCCUUAAAACCUCACUGUAUUCCUACCUGCUUUUUCCCCAGAAAUGUUUUAAGUUAUUUUAGGGCUUUAAAUCCGACCGAGGAAUCUCAGUGCGAUUGAAGGAGGAGGUUGAUGUCUCACGUGCACGGACCCGGUAUCCGUGUUCGUCUUCUUUUGGACCGCGGAGAAAGUGUGUGUGAGUCACUUACUGAAUAUUAUCAGUGUGCGGGCUUUAUUUCCACACUAGAGGCGCCGCCUUUGCUCUGAGCACACACACGCCAUCAGGUGCCAGAGACACACACACAUACACACACUUCCGAUUGAGUAUUCGAGUAAAGGCAGAUCUUUCCUUGACUGCGAGCAGCCAGGAUCACACAGGACUUUACCCUGCACCGAGUUGGGAUUAUAAAGAAGAUUUGUCCCCGUGUGACAGGAUGAUUGAUGCGUGAGGGCGCGAGAGAUCAAUACACCUAAUUAAUCAAUACCCUGUAAACGCACGUGAAGAUCGACUCCGCUGGAUGUGUAUAUAACCGCAUCUCCAUCACCAGGUGGCUUUUCAAGCGUGCGUCUCCAGUUUGCGUUUGUGCGCGUAUAUGUGCGCAUAAGGUGUUUUUGGGUCGACAAAACCAAAAGCGCAGAACGGUCAAAGCGACAGUUCGCGCGCAGGAUAUUUUAGCGCAGCAUCAGUUAAAACUUUGAUUGCGGCGACAUUGUCGGGACUCCAAACUUACGUGCAUCAACAGAAGAGAUUACAUUGACCGAAAUGGGAACGGAUCCUGAAUUGUGAUUUGUCUCUCUCUGCAAAGAAGAGGGAAAAGCGUUCCAGUCGGAGGAGAUUACAAGUGUUUUCGUCUCAUAGAUUGCUGUUCUUCAAAGAUAAUUUGUUGUGACGAGAUCGUGUGGCUCCCUCUCUUUUCUUCUGGAAUUAAAACUCCUGCUUUGGUGCGACUGUCUUCCGCCAGGUAUUUGUGUGCUUAACCAGAACUUGAGGAAACAGGAGUGAUGUUUGUGUUGAAAGCGGUGAUGUGUUUGGGAGCGCUGCUCUGUGCAGUUAUCGACGGUGCUGGGGCUCAGUCGUGCCCGUCACUAUGCUCCUGCAGCGGGACAGCGGUGGACUGCCACGGGCAGAGUCUGCGGAGCGUGCCGCGGAACAUUCCCCGCAACACUGAGCGACUUGACCUGAAUGCAAAUAAUCUGACUAAAAUUACGAAAGCAGAUUUUGCGGGACUGCGGCACCUCAGAGUUCUGUAACUGAUGGAAAACAAGAUCAGUUCUAUUGAAAGAGGGGCAUUUCAGGACCAGGAACUGGAAAGACUGCGUCUCAACAGGAAUAAUCUUCAAGUUCUUCCAGAGUUGCUGUUCCUGGGCACGACCAAACUCUUCAGGCUCGAUCUGAGUGAAAAUCAAAUACAGGGGAUUCCCAGAAAAGCCUUCAGAGGAGCUACUGAGAUCAAAAACCUGCAGCUGGACUAUAAUCAGAUUUCCUGCAUUGAAGACGGAGCGUUCCGAGCUCUGCGGGACUUAGAAGUACUCACGCUAAACAACAACAAUAUCUCACGUCUAUCAGUGGCCAGUUUUAACCACAUGCCCAAGCUCAGAACAUUUCGCCUGCACUCGAAUAAUCUGCUGUGCGAUUGCCAUGUGGCUUGGCUCUCUGAUUGGCUGAGACAGAGGCCCCGCCUUGGCCUCUACACACAGUGUAUGGCCCCACUUUCCUUGAGGGGCCACAAUAUUGCAGAGGUUCAGAAGAAAGAGUUUAUCUGUACAGGGCCCCAGUCUCACUCGUCCUGUAGUGUACUGCAGUGUCCUGAGCUGUGCACCUGCAGUAAUAACAUAGUGGACUGCCGGGGGAAAGGGCUGACUGAGAUACCCACCAGUCUGCCAGACUCCAUCACUGAGAUUCGACUGGAGCAGAAUUCCAUCAAGAUAAUCCCACCCGGCGCGUUCUCACCUUACAAACGACUGCGGAGAAUAGAUUUGAGUAAUAACCAAAUAACUGAACUGGCGUCAGAUUCCUUUCAAGGUCUCCGAUCUCUGAAUUCUCUGGUUUUAUAUGGGAAUAAAAUCACUGAGCUUCCCAAAGGCCUUUUUGAUGGACUCAUCUCAUUGCAGCUACUGUUGCUCAACGCAAACAAGAUUAACUGUUUUCGUGUAGAUUCUUUUCAAGACCUGCAGAAUCUGAAUCUUCUGUCGCUUUAUGACAACAAACUCCAGACCAUCGCAAAGGGAACUUUUGCGUCUCUUCGAGCCAUCCAGACACUUCAUCUGGCCCAGAACCCCUUCAUGUGUGAUUGCCAUUUGAAGUGGCUUGCUGACUAUCUUCAAGACAACCCGAUUGAGACCAGUGGCGCUCGAUGCACCAGUCCUCGUCGCCUUGCCAACAAACGAAUCGGCCAGAUCAAAAGCAAAAAGUUCCGCUGUUCAGGUGUGGAGGACUACCGGUCUAAACUAGGUGGGGACUGCUUCGCUGACCUGGCCUGCCCAGAGAAAUGCCGCUGUGAAGGAACCACGGUGGACUGCUCUGGACAAAAACUCUCCAAGAUUCCAGAUCACAUACCUCAGUAUACAGCAGAACUUCGCUUGAACAAUAAUGAAUUUACAGUGCUGGAAGCUACAGGAAUCUUUAAAAAGCUUCCACAGCUACGCAAGAUCAACCUGAGCAACAACAAGAUCACUGAUAUUGAGGAGGGCACGUUUGAGGGAGCAAGUGGUGUGAAUGAACUCAUUCUGACAAGCAACCGAUUGGAGAUUGUUCACUAUACCAUGCUGAAAGGCCUCAGUGGUCUGCGCACGCUGAUGUUGAGGAGUAACAAGAUAAGCUGUGUCAAUAACAGCAGUUUUACUGGGUUGAGUUCUGUGAGGCUGCUCUCGCUCUAUGAUAACCUGAUCACCUCCAUGUCCCUGGGAGCCUUUGACACGCUACACUCCCUCUCCACACUGAACUUACUGUCCAAUCCGUUUAACUGUAAUUGUCAUCUGGCCUGGCUGGGCGAAUGGCUCCGUAAGAAACGUAUCGUCACAGGCAACCCACGCUGUCAGAACCCAUACUUUCUUAAGGAGAUCCCCAUUCAAGAUGUGGCCGCACAAGACUUUGCCUGCGAGGAUGGUAAUGAUGAGAAUAGCUGUUCACCGCAGGCUCGCUGCCCUGCCGACUGUUCAUGUUUGGAUACGGUGGUUCGCUGCAGUAAUAAAGGUCUCAAGGUUUUACCCAAGGGCAUUCCUAAAGACGUAACAGAACUCUAUCUCGAUGGCAACCAGUUCACGCAAGUCCCUCUGGAACUAUCCAAUUAUAAACACCUCUCUCUCAUUGAUUUGAGUAAUAACCAGAUCAGCACAUUGUCCAACCACAGCUUCAGUAACAUGUCCGAGCUGCUCACCCUAAUUUUAAGCUACAAUCGACUGAGGUGUAUUCCUGUAAAGGCUUUCGACGGUCUGAAAUCUCUGCGCCUGUUGUCUCUCCAUGGUAAUGAUAUAGCUGUGAUCCCAGAUGGAGCUUUCAAAGAUCUGUCCUCUCUCUCCCACCUGGCUCUGGGAGCGAAUCCACUGUACUGCGACUGUCACAUGCAGUGGCUCUCUGACUGGGUGAAGAGCGGAUACAAGGAGCCUGGAAUCGCACGCUGCACUGGUCCUGGAGAGAUGACUGACAAACUACUGCUGACCACACCCUCCAAAAAAUUCACCUGCACAGGUCCAGUGGAUGUGAACAUUUUGGCCAAAUGUAAUCCUUGUUUAUCCAACCCCUGCAAGAACGACGGAACUUGCAGUAACCAUCCUGUGGAUUUUUACAGAUGUACAUGCCCAUACGGUUUUAAGGGUCAGGACUGCGAGGAGCCGAUUCACGCGUGCAUCAGUAACCCCUGUCAGAACGGAGGCACCUGCCACCUUAAGGAUGGAGAUGAGAACACUCACUGGUGUGUGUGUCCAGAUGGAUUUGAGGGUGAUGAAUGUGAGAUAAAUAUCGAUGACUGUGAAGAUAAUGACUGUGAGAAUAACUCCACCUGUGUGGACGGCAUCAACAACUACACUUGUCUCUGCUCACCUGAAUACACAGGGGAGCUGUGUGAAGAUAAGCAGGAUUUCUGCGCUCCAGAGCUGAACAUGUGUCAGCAUGACUCCAAAUGUAUUCUGACUGCUAAGGGCUUCAUGUGUGAGUGUACUCCAGGUUACACCGGAGAACACUGCGAGGCGGAUUUUGAUGAUUGUGAAGAUAACAAGUGUAAAAAUGGAGCCCAGUGUAUUGACGCAGUCAACGGCUACACGUGUGUGUGUCCAGAAGGGUACAGUGGGUUGUUCUGCGACUUCUCUCCCCCGAUGGUGCUGCCCAGAACAAGUCCGUGUGACCACUACGACUGUGCCAACGGCGCGCAGUGUGUUGUCAAGGACACGGAUCCGGUGUGUCAGUGUCUCCAUGGUUACGAAGGCGUGCACUGCGAGAGGCUGGUCAGCGUCAACUUCAUCAAUAGGGAAUCGUUCCUGCAGAUCCCCUCCAACCUCAUUACAGAACAGGCCAAUAUAUCAUUACAGAUCGCCACAGAUGAGGACAAUGGAGUUUUGCUGUAUAAAGGAGAUAAUGAACACAUUGCUGUCGAGCUCUACAGAGGCCGACUCAGAGUCAGUUAUGACUCCGGAUCAUAUCCACCAUCUGCCAUCUAUAGUGUGGAGACGAUAAAUGAUGGCAGUUUUCAUGUAGUGGAGCUGGUAGCGAAGGAUCAGUCUCUGUCUCUGUCUAUUGAUGGAGGCAGCCCCAAAUCCAUCACUACUGCUAACAAUCCCAGUGCUGCUCCCAGCCCGGCACCGCUUUAUCUCGGUGGAAUUCCACAGCAGUCUGGAUUGGCCUCCUUACGUCAGGGUCCCGGGAGGAACGGCUCCAGUUUCCACGGCUGUAUCCGAAACCUCUACAUUAAUGACCAGCUGCAGGACCUCACCCAGUUCUUGCUGCAGGAGGGGGUGGUGCCAGGCUGCCAGCCGUGCCAGCGGAGUGUGUGCGCCCAUGGACAGUGUCAUACCACCGGACACUCGUCCUUCAGCUGUGAAUGUGAGGCGGGGUGGACCGGUCAACUGUGCGACCAGCAGAUCAACAACCCGUGUGAUGGGAACAAAUGUAUCCACGGCUCUUGUGUGCCCAUAAACUCAUACUCGUACAGCUGCCGCUGUCUCCCGGGCUUUACGGGAGUGUUGUGUGAUGAAGAGGAGCAGAUGAGUCCCUGUCAGUACAUUGCAUGUAAACACGGCCGUUGUCGCGUGUCAGGGCUGGGCAAGGCCUACUGCGAGUGCAACAGUGGUUACACAGGGCAAAGCUGCGAUAAAGAGAUGGCAUGUCGGGGGGAACGGGUCCGAGAUCACUAUCAGACGCAGCAGGGAUACGCAGCGUGCCAAAGCACAGAGAAGGUCUCCCGCUUAGAGUGCCGGGGCAGCUGCGGAGACGGGACAUCCUGCUGCGCUCCCCUCCGCAGCAAGCGCAGGAAAUACACCUUCCAAUGCACAGACGGCUCCUCCUUUGUACAGGAGGUGGAAAAGGUUGUCAAGUGUGGCUGCACAAAAUGUCCAUCCUAAAUAUGACACAGAAGAAAUAUUUCCUCACAACCCACCCUCCCAACUCCUCAUCCUUCUCGUUUGAAGUCCCCUGUUUUGUUUUACCUUUUUGUCAGUGUUGGACUAAUGUAUUUUCCUUCAAAGGAGAUAAUGGAUUACUGUAAGAUAAAGAACAAACCUAUUUUUUAUUAUGAAGCGGAGAAAAAAGACAAAAAAUAGAUCUUAGAGGUUUUUGUAUUUGCCAUCACUUUAGGAACUGUGACAUUUUUGCAUUUUUUCCAAACCACCUCACACGAGAAUGGAAACGCACCCGUGUUGACACCUGUCGUGCGUGUCGUCCUUUUACGUGGUUUUCUGGACUGUCGAGAAGUCAUUUCACUUGGACUUCAUUAUGGUGAGAUAAAGAAUCACCACGGAGACUGCAAGGGGAUUGGCUGAGCGCACGGGUAUCCCCUCCUACUUUCUUACAGAGUACACGCUAUCAUAGCUGCUCCUGUUCAUUCACUGACACGGUUACACCCCCUGCACACCUUAAACACUCGGUGUACACGAAUGAUGCUAUUCAAGCAUGUGCACAUAAACACUCUUCGGACUCACUUUAUAAACCAUGUGUAUUUAUUGUAUCAAAAAUACUGUCACAUUACUUAUACUCGCUAUAGCCCUUCUUUUACCUGGAGUUACAGUUGGAAUUUCUUAAUAUAUAUUAAUUUAUAUUCGUCCUCUUACCGAUUUAAAUCACUCAUAGUUUACUGAGUAGGAUAACUAACGUUGUGUCUCCUUCAUUUGGUUGGUUUGACCAAUGGGACUGUCGUAUUUACAUAUAAAAAGAAAUGAAAAAAAAACUUAGUGGUGUUAUGAAUCUUCAAAUGUGAAGUGAAAACAUUGUAUAUUUUUGUCCAAUCUCCUAAGAAUUUGUAUGGUGACGCAGAUGUGCUUUAUAUUAGAGUUUAAAUGUAUAGUUCAAAUUUCCCCAUGUAUUAUGUAUAGAGCACACGCCCUAGGUCAGUAGCGUCCAUAGCUGUCAAGAAACCUCUUUUUAAAAUGUUCUCCUUCCAAAUCCUUUUUAAUGAUACGACUAGAAAGAAAAACUGUGACUUUUUUCUAAAUGAUACUACUUUGUUACCACUCUGUUUCCCCAAUGUUAACAUGUUGCUGCUAAAUUGGUAUUGUAGACUUUGGAUGACGAUGCUUAUGUUUAUUGUAGAGGACGUUGCUCAUUCAUUGAGCAAAUUGUUUUACUGAUCAAUGAAUAAAGAUGUCCCCUCCCUCUA